AACGACUAGCACCUUAGAAUAAAGACCAUCCUCUCCCCAGUCGAUUCACAUUAGACAAGACCAUACAACCAUAUCCCCACCAUGCCUCCUCCCUUGAUACAAUACAUCCAACCGGCGCUGCCUCAGCACUGCGAACCAACCUCGCCUUUCCUCGCCGCCCUAUCUUCCUACCUCCAUGUCUGCGUGCCUACACCGUUAGCCCUCAUCUCCUCCCUCCUGGGCACCCUCAGCAUCAUCUCCUGGCUAUUCGCCCAGCUCCCGCAGAUCUACAAGAACAUCCAACUUCAGUCAACAUCAGGGCUCUCGCUCUUCUUUCUGGUCGAGUGGUGUUUAGGCGACGCGUGCAAUCUUCUGGGCGCCUUGCUCACCCGACAGGCCGGCUGGCAGGUGAUCGUGGCCGGCUACUAUGUCUUUGUGGAUGUCACACUCGUCUUCCAGUACUUCUGGUACACAACCUACCGACAAGGCCAAGCCGGGUAUGCUUCUUUCGAACACUCACACUACGAUAACGGAACAGGAGGCAUACUGGAGGGCGUCCCGUUCUCUGAGGACGACUCGAUCUCUCAUGCCCCUCGACCUCUCGCAGGGAUCCCUGUCUCGGCCCCCAAGGACAUGAAGGACCUCAAAGAACCUGCCGUCAGCACUUUCAACGGACAAUCACCCUCCUACAGCAACGAGAAGUACAGCACCUCUCGCCGCUCCAUCAUCCGCACCAGCAGCAGCGGGCCCAGUUUGCCCAUCGGCUCACCUCGCACCCUGCUGCUCGCAUCCAUGCUAUGUGCCGUUCUCGCCAAUGCUGCCCCCACUGACGCCGAAGCAGCAGCAACUGCAACAACAUCCGGCCUCUCCCCUAAUACUCUUGAAGUCCUGGGUCGGAUCAUCUCUUGGAUGUCCACGGUUCUCUACCUCGGCUCGCGGCCACCACAACUCUACAAGAACUACUGCCGAAAAAGUACCUCCGGCCUCUCUCCCCUACUCUUCAUGGCUGCCUUCUGCGGCAACUUCUUCUACUCCGCCUCCCUGCUCACCAACCCCAACGCCUGGUACGACUUUCCCGCCUACGGCGGCGGUGGCUGGGCGGAUGCCGACGGUAACAGCCGCGCCGAAUGGGUCAGUCGGGCCAUCCCCUUCUUUCUGGGAGCAUUCGGCGUCCUCGCCUUUGACGGCACUAUGGGCGUGCAGUUCCUGAUGUACGGCUCCCGCGACGACGAAUCCAUCAUGGAGGUCGCGGACCCCAAGGACGGCCGCAGCCACUGGACCCGGGUCCGCGGCUGGAUGAGGGGCUGGAUCCCUUCUGUGUCUUCUACUUCUGCUACUGCCAUCAUCGCCACAACGCCUCGCCAUCCGGAAAAUCAGGCUCUCCUUCAUCAACAAGACCAGGAGAGAUACGGGGCUGUUUGAUUCGCUUCUCUGUCUCACGUUACUCAAGCCUCGUAUCACAUAGGCUUUCCCGGUCGAGCCUUGGUCCCGGGACCUUUUAUUCCUGCACAUCAGCUGGACAUGAACCAUCACACGACUUUUAUGCCUACCAUCAUCAUCAUCAUCAUCAUCCUCCUCCCUCGCACAUGUCACAUUACACCACAUACCCCUGCCAUGCAGCUUCUCCUUUU